AUUUUCAGCAUGUUUAAAAAUAGAAGUGAGGACCCUGGAAAAACCGUACCACGACGGUUGGCGCUGCAUGAGGAUAACGCCUCCCCUUCGACAUUCAACGAUGGGCUCCCUCUGCCAAAACUGUUCGUCUUCGACCUCGACUAUACAUUAUGGCCAUUCUGGGUUGAUACGCAUGUCACUCCUCCAGUGAAGGCACGAGACAACAACUCGCGCUGUGUAGACAGAUGGGGUGAAUCUUUUGCUUUUUAUCCGGCGGUUUCAGGGAUUAUUCACUCUCUACGAUCCCGUUCCAUACCCAUCGGAGUGGCCUCCCGAACGCAUGCCCCCGACCUGGCCCGUGACAUGCUCAAAGCUCUCCAUAUCAUCCCAUCGUUCUCCGACAACCCUGCGACUGUCAACACUCGCUCCAUCCGCGCUCUGGAUUAUUUUGACUUCCUUCAGAUUUUUCCAGGCUCAAAAACUCAACACUUCACGCGGAUUCAGCAGGCUAGUGGGUUGAAAUAUGAAGAUAUGCUUUUUUUCGAUGAUGAGGCCCGGAACAGCAAUGUUCAAACAGAAUUGGGUGUGACGUUUUGUUUGGUUAGAGAUGGCAUGACCAAAGAGGAAGUUGAUAGAGGUGUCUGGGAAUGGAGACGAAGAGCUGGUAUAACUCCCGGAAACCAGACAGAUGGCAUGCAGCCGCAGAAUUAGACUGAGAUUGCGAUUUCGGCUUCCUUUUCACCCUUAAAAUGAGGGAUGGAUUGGAGUAUGUUCUUAGAUAAUGACAGGAUACCCCACGAUAGAUGAAUUUUAUUCGCAUUUGUAUGGC